AUGGAAACUGAAUACGAAAAUCGGUAUGAGGCCGAAGAGAUGAAGAAAAAUAAUAAACCCCAAAAAGAAAGAGAUGACGUGGAGAAUAAAUAUAAAAUUGACGAAUUACUUGCACAAAUGAAACUUUCAAAAUUACAAGCUGGGAAAGAACUUGUAAACACUUGCAUGAAAGCUGUAACCUUGAUUAUCGAUCAGAAUAGUAACGUAUUUCGAACAUCUCAAGAUCUUUUAAAUCAACUCAAAGAUGAAAAAUUGCCCAAAUCAACCAAGACUACUAUUAUUAAUAAAGUUCUCCAGGAUUAUAUGAAUACUAGAGAGCUUCUAGACUAUGCAAAAAAACAAAUAAAUGAACUUCAGCUUAAACAAGAAAAUGAAUUUACAAAGUUCAUUGGUUUCGCAGUUGACCAAGAUAUCUUCUCAGAAUACAUAGAAUAUACAACGUCUAGUUAA